GUUGGACAAUUUGCUGAGGAUGACAAGGGGGCUGUCAGUUGGAUAUUUCUGUGCAUAAGACCGCGGCUUGCUGCUAUACGCUGAUAGGCAGAGCUCAGUGGUGAUUGAUCGGUGAGUGGGGAAGAUUGACAGUGUGAGCUCUCCGAUUCUAUGACUCGGUGCGCAACAUUUUGCUUCGGUUGUGGUGCAUUUCUCUAGAAGAAACGUUUGUGUUGUUGCACUGAAACAGAUGUCUCUGACAAUCGCGCAGACUUCGUGGCCGCCUAGGUGAUACUCACAACUCGAGGAACAUCGUGAGUGGAUUUUUAGUAGUUUCAAUUAACAUUCUGACGUGUAUUCGUUUGAGGAUGUGCCACUGAAGAGGAUAUGUGCUUCAAAAGUGAUCUUUCAGAUCCAUGGUCCAGCGGAUGGAUGACCUACUGAGGGCAGCACACUCGCUCUGUCUCCCCCCGAGGCAGGCCACACCUUAUGAGGAGUGACCCUUGUGACAUCAUGAACUUGAGCUCUGGGUGGAGAGGAACGAGCAAGUCAUUAGUACUUACUUACUUAUUUACUUUUAUUUACUUACUUUUGACUUUUUUUUGUGUAAAUUUAAUUAUUUCACGACACGUCUGAGAUCAAGUCGCCAAAAAGACCCUCUCGUUGAGGAGAGAAAGAGGAUCCCCCGCCCCCCCCCCACACACACACCAUAAGUCACAGCAAUGCCCAAACGCUCCGAGGAGAUGCUGAGAGAGCUAUGGACCUCUCUCAUGUUUAUGUGGAUUACGUGCGUACCUUAUUCGUCCAUGGCGCCCUUGGCCAACCAGUCGAGAAGUUUACAAAUGGGAUCCGCGCCGGCCCCAAGUGAGCCACACGAAGGACAAAGAAUUCUGAGUCGUGCCAAGAGAGGAUGGGUAUGGAACCAAAUGUUUGUGCUGGAGGAGUUUAUUGGGCCCGAUCCAAUUCUUGUUGGCAGGCUCCACACUGAUUUUGAUGUGGGCGGCAAAAACGUCAAGUACGUGUUGUCAGGUGAGGGUGCAGGCACCAUCUUUUCGAUCAAUGACCAGACGGGGGACAUCCACGCCAUGAAAAAGCUGGACCGCGAGGAGAAGGCCGAGUACACGCUCACGGCGCUGGUCAUCAACAGGGACACCAACGAACCGUUGGAGCCUCCGUCCGAGUUCAUCAUCAAGGUGCAGGACAUCAACGACAACCCUCCGCAGUUCAUCGAUGGACCCUACCAGGCGUCUGUGCCAGAGAUGUCCUCAGUCGGAACCUCGGUCACUAAGGUAACGGCGACAGACGCGGACGACCCGGUGUACGGAAACAGUGCCAGGCUGGUCUACAGUAUCCUGCAGGGGCAGCCUUAUUUCUCUAUUGACCCCAACACCGCAACCAUUGGCAUCGCGUUGCCAGGGAUGGACCGUGAGAUUCGAGAUGAGUACAUGGUUGUCAUUCAGGCCAAAGACAUGGGUGGGCACAUGGGUGGACUGUCAGGGACAACAACAGUCACUGUCAGGCUGACAGACAUCAAUGACAACCCACCCAAGUUUGCCAAGAAUUUCUAUGAUUUUAUCUUCUCUGAGAGCCUGGGCUUAGGGAAACCAGGAGGGAGAGUAAAGGCGACUGACAAAGACAUCGGCGAGAAUGCCAAAUCCACUUACGCCAUCAUCACUGGCAACGAGAAGGGUGUCUUUGAGAUCACCACCGACAGCCAGACCCAGGAGGGUGUCAUCAUGUUGAAGAAGCCCCUGGACUUUGAGACCCAGAAGCACUAUAACCUGACGGUGGAGGCGACCAACGUGCGUUACGGACCCAAUGGCCCCUUCAAGGACACCACCAUUGUCCGAAUCGCGGUGGAGGACGCCGACGAGCCUCCCAUCUUCACAAGAGUGGCCUACAUGAUGGACGUGAAGGAGAACGCCCCAAUCAAUACCAUUAUCGGAUCAGUGACCGCACGCGACCCCGAUGCUGUCGGCAGCUCCAUCAGGUAUUUUAUUGAUCGGCACACUGACCUAGAGAGGCAGUUCAAUAUCAACGCGGAUGACGGCAAGAUUACGCUCGCCAAGCCACUGGACAGAGAGACUGACAUGUGGCACAAUAUCACAAUCACAGCCACAGAAAUCCCCCCUCUCUCUUUCUUAGGAAACCAGAGCCAGAUUUCACGGACCAGGGUGUCCAUUAGAGUCUUGGACAUCAACGACAAUGCACCCGAGUUUGCCACCGAAUACGAGGCUUUUCUGUGCGAGAAUGGGAAGUCCGGACAGGUGAUCCAGACAGUCAGUGCUGUAGACAAGGACGACCCAAUCCAGGGACACCUCUUUGAGUACCGCCUGCCCCCAGAAAUGCUCAACAACCCCAAUUUCUCCAUAAAAACCAAUGGAGAUAACACAAUAAGCGUCGUGGCCAAGCACGACACAUUCCGGCGACAGAAGCAAGAAAUGUAUUUCCUGCCCAUCGUUGUGACUGACAACGGCAAUCCACCAUUGAGCAGCACCAACACUCUGACCAUUCGCGUUUGUGGAUGCAGCAGGGAGGGCAUUGUGCAGUCCUGCAACGUUGAAGCUUAUGUGCUUCCCAUUGGUCUCAGCAUGGGAGCGCUGAUUGCGAUAUUGGCCUGUAUCAUUUUACUCUUAGUCAUCGUCGUGCUAUUUGUGACGUUACGGAGACACAAAAACGAGCCGCUGAUCAUCAAAGAUGACGAGGACGUGCGGGAGAACAUCAUCCGCUACGACGACGAGGGCGGCGGAGAGGAGGACACCGAGGCCUUCGACAUCGCCACGCUGCAGAACCCUGACGGCAUCAACGGCUACCUCCCGCGCAAGGACAUCAAGCCCGACCUGCAGUUCAUGCCCAGGCAGGGUCAGCACGGCGGGCCCAACGGCGUGGAUGUCGACGAAUUCAUCAACGUGCGGCUCCACGAGGCCGACAAUGACCCCACGGCGCCCCCGUACGACUCCAUCCAGAUCUAUGGCUACGAGGGCCGGGGCUCCAUAGCGGGCUCCCUCAGCUCCCUGGAGACGGCUUCCUCGGACUCGGACCAGAACUACGACUACCUCAGGGAAUGGGGUCCGCGCUUCAGAAGACUUGGGGAGCUCUACUCGGUGGGAGAGAGUGACAAGGAGACUUGACCUAAGACCAAUACAAACAUUGUUCCACCCCCCCUCCCGUUUCGUUGUGUAUUAUGCCACAUGGGUGACCAACAGUAGACACAAGCCACUACAAGAAAAACAAAAGGGGGGGAAGAGGCACCUUUUUAAUUCAUAGAGAGACGUGAAGCAUUCGUCAUCUACCACAUCAGUUGCAUCGUAAUGUUGAGCCGAGCUAAACAGUGUCUAUAUUAGGAGGUCUAUGAUUCUUGUGGAGUGUGAUUUAGAUUCUAUUAUCGAGUGUCUAGCAGUGUUUAUGGGUGUUCAUUGUUCACUGUGACCACCGGAAGCAUCAACAUCGGGAUUCUGGGUCAGUUCUUGAUGAGAAUGAGGAAGAGGAAGAGGAAGAAAGGGUGGAGACUUUGGGUCAUGAAGAGAGACAGACUGUCUUCCACAGCUUGCUGGACGCAUCUCGGCAGAGGCCAGGGCAAAGGCAACACUCCCCAGCUAUCAGAGAUCUCUUACCGUUCAAUCAGAGAGAAAGAAAAAUAACAACAAAAAUUGACCAAAAAGCAAUAUACUGUAUCGAUCCGCAUUACUUUGUUGAAUGUAUUUAUGAUUUACUAGAGAACUAGGCAUAAAAGAUUACAAAGUAUUGGCUUUAAUAGGCAUUAGUUGAGGUAAUAUUUGAUACUUUAGGUGGCCAAGUUUAUUUACCAACUGGACGAGCCAGAUGGCUUGCUUUAUACAACUCUUUGUAUUCACAUGCUCCUGAUGUGGUUCGCACUCAAAGAAUAUUAGCCUAUUAAAAGUGUGACUUAAGUGAAGACAACAAAUGGAAAUGUAGAAACAUUGAGGCCUUCUUUUUACAGAAGCGAGUAUUAAAUACAGAUGUAUUCAACUGUUUUUGGAAAUUGAUGUGUUUCCUCAAAGUAGUAUGAUUUAUAUGUCAGUGUGUAAAUAUUCAUUGCCAGUUGUCUUUUUUCGUGCUAAAGGUAAAUUUGUGUCACUUCAAGUCUAAUUUCCUUCCUUAUUUCACAUUUCUUUCUUAUUAAGUUAAUUCUACUAAAUCUCUAACCAAGACGCUCUUUUGUAAAAGCUAUACCAUACUGUAAAUGACACAGUAAGCUCACUGGCAGGAGCUACAUGUCACUGUAAAGACUAUGACGACUCCCAUUUAGAGAUUAGAAGAAAAAGGUGGUAUUACACAGUAUGUGAAUAUGGACAAAAUUACUGUGGACAACAUUGUCAGUGAUUAUUUAAGCACAAUAGCUGGAUAAAUUGAGUUCUUAUCUGACCCCUGGAAACUUCAAGCGAAUAUAUUUUCUAUUAGACAUUUUAUCAGACAAAAAAAUAAAUAAUUCAAAUAAAGUACAAAAUGCAGACAUUUUGCGUAUUGUCUUACCCUGUACCAUACUAAGGAAAACAAAGCAAAAACAAACAAACAAAAAAAACAUUAUCUGUAAAUAGAGUUUCUGCUGAUGUUCUUAGCUUUCUUUGAGCGAUAGGUUGUGUCCAUGCACGCUAGCUCAUGCACUUGAGGAUCUAAAAUGGCACUUCAGCUGCGUGCAUUCUACUUGAUUUAUACAGUAUAUGGCAGUUCUCAGUAGACUGAACAGUAUAUAUAUAUAGGGGAUAGUCUUACCUGCAGAUCAUAUUUUCUACUGUGCUUUACUGCUUAUAAACUUGUAUGUUUAAUUAUUUACUCUCCGUAUUGUAAUCUAAGAUAUCCAUGUAUUGUUUCCUACUUUGUGAAAUAUAUUUUUAUAAAUAUU